AUGAUCCAACAAAUAGAUGAGUCCCACUACAUCGCCGUUUUGGUAACCAAAACCAAAAUCCAAAUGAACUGUACCAACACAGACCUUCAAUUAAUUUCUGGAAAUUAUCUCAUCACAGUUCCUUUCCAAUGCCAGUUUAAAACAGAAGAUCAAACAUUUAGCAACAAUCGCCUUAUUUCUGAAAGUCAACCAUUAUUACUUCCAAAUAUAGUUAUUCCUUAUCCUGAUCAAGAAGAGAUUCCCGAAGUCCAUAUCGAAGAUGUCCAACUGGACAAGAUUCACUUAGUUAAGAAGAAACAAGAAGAAAUUAAAUCAUUGAUACUUAAAAACCCAAAAGUUACUACUCCUUUUAAUUUUUGGAACAUAUCGAUAAUAUUACUGAUUAUAAUAAUUUUUGCAUAUUUUGCGUUUGAAUAUCAAUGUACAUUGGAAGGUAUAAAAUGUCUAAAUGAAUACUAUAACGAAAUAUCUGUACUUAAAGCAUCUUGGUCAAAUAGAACUGGACUAGUAUGCGGAUGUUUACCCAGUUGCAAUGAAAUUGAAUUAUCAGUUAUAAGAGACGACAAAGUGGGAAUCAUCAAUGAUUUUGCUGUUGUGGAAUUGACCCUAGAAAGACUACCAACUGAACGAUUUAAACGGAAUGUUGUACGAGGAAAAUUGGAUUUAGUCGGUAUGAUAUUAACUAAAAUACCAUACACAUUAAUUGUUGUUUAA